AUGCUGUUUGACAAGCUCGUGCUCGGCGCCCUCGUUGCCUGCACCUUUUGCCUCAUCUACCCUGUCAUGUCGGUGCCGGUGAGGACAGAGGUGCCCGCACCAACCGCGUCCAAUGCUCCACCAACCAAAACUGCCGUGAGGGAGCUGUGGCAGACUGACGAACAGAAUGCAGAAGAUGCAAUCUCGGGUCGUUUGGCCAGCGUUUCCCGCCAUCUGCAGCCGCAGCGUGAAAGCGCACAACCAGCGCCGCAGCUCGAGCCGCUGCACGUCCACGGGUAUAAGUGCAGGACGCUGCCGGAUGGACACCCGGAGAGCUGCAACGUAUGCUACUUCAGCCCAGCCGACAUCACACCGUCGUCGCCAUGCGAGGAGAGCGGCGACUGUAACCAGCGACGAGUCGAAGGCACCAACGUGACCCGGGUCGAGCUCGCCGAGAAUGGCGUUCGCUACCUGCAGUGUGGCGACGGCUGGCUUAACGCUGACAUGGUAUUCACCGGGCUUCCCGCCGGCUUCAUCUGUGAGGACUGGCGCACUGGCCGACUCAUCCUUCGGCAAGAGGCCGGCCGCCGCUGGCCGUUCGAGGACGGAUCGUUCGACGCGGUCUACUCGGAGCACAUGUUCGAGCAUGUCCUCCCCGCGGACGGCUCGGCCUUCUUGCGCGAAAUGUACCGGCUGCUGAGACCGGGCGGCGUCAUUCGGAUCACGACGCCGGAUCUCGAAAAGUAUCUGUCGGGCUACGUGAACCGGAAGACGGACCCCUUCUUGCAGCAGCACGCGGCGCGAUUUCCCCCCACGGGGAUCGGCAAGGGGCCGCCCUACUCGGCCGCGCGGGUCGUCAACAAUAUCUUUCGAAACUACGAUCAUCGCUGGAUCUACGACUAUGACGAGUUUGUGGCGGUGGCGGAGCAUGCUGGUAUCCCCCGAGACGCCGUCCACCACUCGACACGCCUCGGCCCGGAGCUGCCCCAAAGCUUUCGGGACGCAAUUACGGCCGCCGAAGCCAUGUCGACGGCACGGGCGCAGAGGAAUGCGCGUGAGAAUCCGACGCGCUGCUGGCUGGAGCAAGAGGUGCGGGAGCCAGAGUCACUCUACGUCACGGUCUUCAAGCCGGGGUGA